AUGACACUGGAAAGUCAACUGAAGGCGGGCAUACGGGCAUUCGACGUGAGGUGUCGUCUGGUGAACAAUGAAUGCGCCGUCUACCACCAGUUUGUCUCGCAGGAGAUCAACCUCGAUGAGGUACUGCAGAUCUGCGAGAGCUUCCUGAAAAUGUACCCCAGUGAGGUGGUUCUGCUGCGCGUGAAAGACAAAGAGAACUCGCCGAUUAAUUCUACUCAGAGCUUUGAGGACGUUUUUGUCGGUCGUUACUGGAACAAGUACCGAACUCUUCUCUGGCAGCCGAAAGAUAUUGAUUUGAGUCUCAGUCCGCCAAUUCCCAUCGGUGAUGUCCGUGGCAAGGUGGUCAUCCUGCAGUACUUCAAGUCAAGUAGGCUGUACAGUCUGCCCUUCAAGCACACCGAAACCACUCAAAGUCACUGGACGCAGUUUAGCCGCGCCACACUCUACCUUAAGUGGACCAUCAUCCGCGAACAUCUCCUCAAAACGAAUGACUCCUCCUCCAUCUACUUUGACCCGGGCCCCUUUGGCCUGGAGCUGUCCUUCUACACCAACUGGAUCUCCGGGGGGCUCACAGUGGAGCCCUUCUUUGUGGCCAGUGGGCACAUCGACUGGGGCACUGAUGGCCGCCGGCACACCUGCUACAAGGAGUACAGCUUUAUGACUGAGGAAGACUCGAAAAAAGUGUUCCCUGAAUUUCCUCGAUCACCACUGAAGAAGAACAGCCUGGGAUUGCACUACAGAAAUGUGUACUGUGAAGGCACCAACAUAAUGACAUAUGAAAAGCUGAAAGCAGAGCGCUUUCGCUUUGUGGGCAUCAUCUUUGCUGACUUUCCUGGUUGUGGUCUAAUUCAGGCAAUCAUUGAUAGUGUCAAUCAUUAA